GAUGGAGUCGCCUCGGGGGCGGCCCGGGCCCGACGCGGACCUGGUGGCUCUGCCGGUGCCGCAGCCGCAGGCCGCGCGGUGCCGCGGCGGGCCGGGCCGGCCGUCCUCGGAGCCGCCCUCAGGCCUCCUGCGGGUGUCGGGGGAGGAAGAGGCCGAGGACCGGGCGGGAGCGAGCCGGUCCCUCCGCGCGUCCUCCUCUCACACUUGCAGCGGCGGCGUCCAGCGGCCGCCCCGGGAGGAGGAGGAGGACGAGCCCGGCGCCCGAGCCACGCCGGCUGGACCCGAGGGCCGCCGGGGGGCGCCAGCAGACCCCGACCCGCCCGUGUCCUCCCGGCGCCGGGACCCGGAGCCGCCGCCCGAGGACGCGCGCUGCCGUCGAGGGGGCGCGGGAGGCGGCAUGGAGGGCGAGCAGGCGGCGCUCGAGGAGGACGACGGUGACGAGGAGGCGGCGGCCGGCAGGCUGGGCCGCUCGUCCUCCAGCCGCCUGCAGGACAGCCGCAGCCUGGACGGGCUGAGCGGGGCGUGCGGCGGCGCCGAGGGCGGCGCGGGCAGCGGCGGCCGCCGGGCCACCAUCUCCAGCCCGCUGGAGCUCGAGGGCACGGUGAGCCGGCACGGAGACCUCACGCACUUCGUCGCCAACAACCUGCAGCUCAAGAUCCGGCUGAGCGGCGCCCCGCCGCCGCCCCCCGCCGCAGCCCCGGCGCGCUCCUGCCCGGCGGCCGCCCCGCCUCCCGCCAUCCCGCCCAUCGACCCCGACGUGCUGCGGGACCUGGAGAGGCUGAGUCGGGAGCUGGGCGGCCGCGUGGACCGGCUGCUCCGCGGGCUGGGCGGCGCGGUGCAGGAGCUGACGGCUCUGAGCGUGGGCUGCAUCCAGACCUACCGCGACGCCGUGGACUCGUUAGGCGAGGCCGUGGACAUGAGCAUCAAGGGCAUGUACACCCUGCUGGCGCGCUGCGAGGAGCUGGAGCGGGCGCUGCAGCCCGUGCAGGGGCUGGCGCGCCAGGUGCGGGAUAUCCGACGCACGCUGGAGGUGUUGGAGGCGCUGUGCAAGUGACCGGGACCCGGGUCCACGCACGAUCCCCGAGCCCGAGCCCGAGGGACUUUGCAAGGAGCCCCGGCUGGGGGCUGGCGGCUCUGCAGACGCGGCCUGCCUGCGGCGGAGGUUCCGGGCCGGGAGGAAGCGCUAACGGGUGUUCCCCGGCGGGGAGGGACGCUGCUCGCUUCUGUUCAGUUGGCCACCUGUAGCUACCCCACCUCUGUGCUUCCCAACUCUGCCGCUUAGCCAGGGCGUCCUCCCCGCCGACCUGGAGCUUUAGGUCUCGGAAGGGGAAACACCACUCCCACGCGCGAUCAAGAAGGGACGAGAGGAGGCCCCAGCCGCUGUGGCCAUCCUGACGCCAGCCCCGCGCCGGGGGGCUGUGGGAUCUGGGUCGGACGCACGCCUGCAGGUGCCUAACCUGCCUCUGACCACUGGGGCCUGCCUUCCCAGACCCCCUGCCCCAGCCAGAACCAGGGUGGAGCUCGGAGGAACAGCUUCGCGUGGCGUGGAGGGAGAGGCGGACGGCCUCUCGCCGCUCUCCCGGUGCUGGGAGAACUGUGGCCCCCCUGCUGUGGAGGGUCUGAAUCCGUUUGGGCUUUCUGAGGUUUUUAUUUGUGGAAUUAAAAUGCUGCUGCUG